AUGGAGGAUUUGCUUCCGUUCGAGCCCCGCGACCAUAUGGGACAUGAACUUGGGUUUGACGUAGUUGGCCGAUCCCAACGACAAUACCCCCUCGAUCCACUCUCUCGACCUCGCUUCUCACCUCACAGCCCACCGACAAUGGUAGCGGCAUCUGCAAACCCGGAGGAGGCUGGCCCCUCGCGAACGCGGGCCCCGGACUCUUGGCGCCCCGAGAAGUAUUUGGAGCCGAACCACCCGGAUAAUGAAGAGGUCCUGGAGCAGGCUGCGUACCAGGCUGCGGUGACGAGACCGCCAGGCGAUGCGCGCGCCAACCGCAAGUACAAGCCUAGAAGAACAGUCGACUACAUGGGAGGUGUCCAGAAAUGGCGCAUGUUGGGCAAGAUCAAGGGUAUGAGAGACUACAUGCCGCCGAUACACCCCAAUCCAAGCGAUAUCAUCAACCUCCUUCCGCCAGCUGCACACAUUAGAGAUACGUCGACGUCCAUCUGUGACUACUUUGUUCACACCUCGAUCAACAAGGAGCGCUCUCCGACUCGAGUAGUGAAGUGGACGCCAGAUGCUCGUCGUCUUCUCACGGGCAAUGACAAGGGCCAGUUCACGCUGUGGAACGGUGCCUCGUUCAACUACGAGUCGAUUACGCAGGUGCACGACGACUCGAUCCGUGCAAUGUCGUACUCGCACAACGGCCAAGCUCUGGUCUCGACGGACAAGUCGGGCUGGAUCAAGUACUUCACCCCGCACCUGACGAACAUCCACGGCUUCCAGGGACAUCGUGAGGCUUGUCACGGUGUUGCGUGGUCGCCGAAUAACGAGUGGUUCGUGACUGGCGGCGACGAUGGUCUCGUUAAGAUCUGGAACUACCGAGCGGCGGAGACGGAGCGCGAGCUGUCGGGGCACGGAUGGGAUGUGCGCUGCGUGGACUGGCAUCCUACGAAGGGUCUGGUCGUGUCGGGCUCGAAGGACAUGCUCGUCAAGUUCUGGGACCCGCGGACGGGCAAGGACCUCUCGACGCUCCAUUCGCACAAGGCAGUCAUUAACGCGUGCACUUGGAACCCGGACGGCAACAUUGUCGCGACCGCUGGCGGAGACAACGUCAUCCGCCUCUUCGACAUUCGCACUUUCCGCGAGCUCGAGUCCAUGAAGGGUCACACGAAGGAGGUCAACUGUCUCGAGUGGCACCCGAUCCACCACUCGCUCCUGUGCUCGGGCGACGCAGCGGGCAGCAUAGCGUACUGGUCGCUGCAGGCGCCGGACCCUUCGAAGCCUGUCACGAUGAUGGAGAAUGCGCACGACGACGCCGUGUUCUCGGUCUCCUUCCACCCCCUCGGCCACAUUCUUUGCUCGGGCAGCAAGGACUUUACGGCGCGGUUCUGGUGCCGCGCCCGUCCGGCCGGAGGUCACGAGACGGACAAGUAUCACUUGGGAGAGGAGGGCGCGAUGCGUGCCGAACAGGCCCAGGCGACGAGCAAGUGGCCGGGUCUUCCCCCGCCUGGCGAGUCGCUUCCCGGUCUGCCGGGUCUCGGUGCGCCGCCGGCGAAGAACAGCCCGACGCCGUCGCGCACCGUCACGCCGUCCGGCCCCCCGGGUCUCGGCGGACCACCAGGACUGGGCGAGCUGCCCGGCCUGGGGCCCGGACGCAGCCGCCGCGACCUCGAUCGUCAAGGCGGAGGCGGCGGAGGAGGAGGUGGCUUCGGCGGACCUGGUACUGGAGCCAACGCCGGCGCAGGUGGCGGGCCAGGAGGGUACGGCGCGUAUCCCCCCGCUCCGGCUGGAUAUGGCAACGGUCCGAACGCGCAGAACGGCUACGGACGACAGCAAGGUGGAUACGGCGCUGGUCCUGGCGGUGGCCAGGGUCCUCCCGGUGGCUAUGGACAGCAGGGAGGACAGGGGGGAUACCAGCAAGGCGGGCAGGGAGGUUAUGGCCAAGGAGGCCAGGGCGGAUAUCAGCAGGGAGGCGGCGGUGGAUACGGGCAGGGAGGGGGCAGCCGGGGGGCAGCCGGUACGGCGGCCGGCGGUAGAGGCAGUCUAGAGGGAACAAUGCAUAGUAGUGUACAGACAGGGUUAGCUCAGCGGGAAAUCUCGUGCUCGGCGAGGAGCUGA